GAGAGAGGAAGCGGGGAGGAAGAAAGGACUUGGGAGUUGGGCGAGGCCUAUGCCGUCCCGAGCCAAUUGCUUCUGGCCUCUGGUUGUGACUGGCAGCCACUCCGACCAAUAAAGCCCUCCCGGACGGCGCGGCAGGACGUAUGUUGUGGUCACCAAUCCCACGUCGCUGCACACUGACUGUGGCUGUCUCGCCCAAUGGUCCCCGAGCAAGGGCCGGGCCGCGCCAACCCUCCCACCCCCGCCGUCUGGGCCAAUCCUUUCUUUCGAACCCCGUGUGAUCGACAGACUCUUCGACCAAUAGGAAUCAGAAAUCUCCGAAGCCUGCCCAACGAGCGCGGGCCGGGGGCGGUCUCUCUGUUGUUGAGGCGUGUGUCUGUGUGUUUGAGGGGAUUGAGGGGUACGCGGGGCGAAACCGAACCGGCCAUGGCAGCUGCGGAGGAGGAGGACGGGGGCCCCGAAGGGCCAAACCGUGAGCGGGGCGGGGCGGGCGCCACCUUCGAAUGUAAUAUAUGUCUGGAGACCGCUCGGGAAGCCGUGGUCAGUGUGUGUGGCCACCUCUACUGUUGGCCCUGUCUUCAUCAGUGGCUGGAGACACGGCCAGAGCGACAAGAGUGUCCAGUGUGUAAAGCUGGGAUCAGCAGAGAAAAGGUUGUUCCCCUUUAUGGCCGAGGGAGUCAGAAGCCACAGGACCCUAGAUUAAAAACACCACCCCGCCCCCAGGGCCAGCGACCAGCUCCCGAGAGCAGAGGGGGGUUCCAGCCAUUUGGUGAUACCGGGGGCUUUCACUUCUCAUUUGGUGUUGGUGCUUUUCCCUUUGGCUUUUUCACCACUGUCUUCAAUACUCAUGAGCCAUUUCGUCGGGGUCCAGGUGUGGAUCUGGGACAGGGUCACCCGGCCUCCAGCUGGCAGGACUCCCUCUUCCUAUUUCUUGCCAUCUUCUUCUUUUUCUGGCUGCUCAGUAUUUGAGCUAUAGUCACUUCCUGCCCACCUCUAGCCAGAGGAGAAUCAGUAUUGAGGGUCCCCGCUGACCCUUCCUCACCCCUGGGCACCCCCCCCCCACCUUACCCCUCCAUUUCAGUUGACUAAGGUUACUCUGGGAGGGUGUGGAGAAGGUGAGAUUUGUACAUAGGAUGGGAGAACCUUCUGCUCUCAACUGCUGACUCUGUAGCACCAUAACUCCCAGCCAUGGGAGAGGAGGACCAACUGAAAGAGACUAUCUGGUUCUCCUCUCCCUCACCCCUUGCUUCCCUCCAGAUUUGUUGUAAGGUGGGCAAAGCUCCCUCUGACUCUCCCACAUGCCCCCUGUUGAUUUAAUUUAAUUUUCUCUUCCCAGUAUCGUGUAUGGUUCUGACUUUUAAGUGCUUCCUUCCCCUUACUACCUCCUUUAUUACCAAUUUAAUAAACAAGGUGAAAUGUA